GGAGUGUGGUGGCGAUUGUGGUGGUGAUUGUGGUGGGGAAUGUGGAGGGGAUUGUAUACUAAAAGAAGCGCUGUCCCACAGAAGGGGAGGCAGAGCAGAAGAUGAGGUAGGCCAUAACUUUGAGGAAUAUCCCCGAGGUUUACUACCUAUGGCAAUGGCUGAUAAUAUUCUGGGGAACAGCCGCAACAAGAGGUGUCUGAGUCAGACGUUCUCAUCCUUGAAGAAUGGAGAUUUUAAGUACAAAAGCAGUCCCUGGGAAGGUUUAUGUUAUUAUUGUAUGGAUUGCCUUUCCAGAGAGAUGCCUUGUGGACAUUUCUUCUGUAGUAAAGAACGCCUGUUUCGAGAGAGUCCUUUCAUAGAUUUAGUUUAUGAAGAAAGUUCUCGUACAGAAUGUUCUAGUAGAGAUUUGUUGAAUGGAGAAUGUCUUCACGACGCGAGGCGCAGUGGGGAGCGUAUCUGCGUAGAGUGCCAGAAUGAAUCUGUUCGAGUCCUGGUUGAGUGGCACAGCGGUGAGCGUAUCUGCCGAGAGUGUAAGGCUGAAACAGUUCGAAUCCAGGACGAGAACAACAGCAGCAGCCCGGCUGACAACCUGAGAUCGGAGGUGGAGGAUUCGAACCCGCGCGGCGUGGAGCAGAUCUCUCCGCGGGAGGGCCCAAGCUGUUCCGUGGGGGAGGACGGGAGGAGGGCCACCACAAAGCCGAGCUCCCGGCGAGCUUUCCAGCCGUGGCGCCAUCUGCCGGCGGGCCGGGGCCGGGGCCGGGGGGAAGAGAAGCAGGCGAGAGGUCAGUGUGGUGAGUCCGGCCACUCGUCGCUGUGUCAUUACGUCGACGACGGCGAGGGAAAACUUGUCAGGGAUUUCCGCACGCAGGUCACGGCCACGGACAUCAAGCCUAGCAGAGAGGCGCAGACUGGGUCCUCCUUGAGGUUGGAAAAAAGAGGAGAGUCAGAGGUGCUGCCUGGUGUUCUAAACGACCCCAGUACAGAUUGUCUUCUUUUAACGUCCUCUGACCUACUUAAAAAUAUGGAUGCGGAAAAUGCACAUCUGACGUCUCAUGACAUUCUGAAGAACAUGAGUACCAAAUGUGUACCACGAUUGUGUCCUAGGAUGUGGAAGGAGAAGGAGGAGCGAGCUGAGAGCCAUCGGCACGGCAGUAAAAAUAUGCCAAAAAUCGAGAAAGUCAAGGCGAGGCACACCAAGACGGUGGCAGAUUUCCCCCCUCGAGUUGUCGCCCCGGACAUCUGUGUCAGAGCCUCCGCUCAGACCGAGGCGUCUCCGAGGGCUGAGGGAAGUGCGGCUUUGUCUGGGCCAGCGUCGGCUGGUGGCGUCCACGGAAGUGAGUCGUCACAGCCUGACGCGCGUGUUCCCUGCCAAACCCCUUCUUGUGUGGCACGUGGGUCCGCGGGGGAAGGUAAUCAUUGUCUUCACAGUCCAGUGAGAGCGACGGACAUUCAGGAUUCUGGUCGUGCACAGACUUGUCCUUCACUUGUGUCGACAGUUGAUCCGUUUGUGCCCGGGGAAAGAGCGAGAAGAAAGAUGGAUGUGCACAGAGGCAGCCGGUCCGAAACAUGGGAAGAUCUAGAGUUCCGCUCUGAUGACGAGCAGAGAGCUAAACGUUCGUCUCCGGACAAGCAAAAGAUUCAAAAUCCCUCUCCCGAUAAACUGAAAGCUGAGAGUCCACUUUCUGACAACCGGAAGGUUGGCUGUUUGCCUCCUCCUAGUCCCAGCAAGCAGACACCUGACAAAGAGUCCAGUCCAGUUCUUUGCCGAGUGGAUAAUUGCCCCGCUAGUGUCAUACAGACGGAGCUUUCCGUCGCUGAGGAACUCCUCUCUAUCGGAGGGCCAGGGGUCGUUGACCGUGCUGCAGAAGACGGCUUGGGUCGUGGGGCGUUGUUUCUAGCUCAGACAGGGGCACGUUAUAACUCGAGCCACGCAGGCACGCAAGUUGUUGUCUUAGACCUAGGCACGUGCGCCCAUACGCAGACGGAAGAGUGCUCUUAUCUUACGUUGAGUCCCGAUACGAUUAAGCCAAAGUUGCUCGAGAGCGUGGGACACGUCAGCACGCAAGUGCUCGCCUUAAACUUAGGCACGUGCACCCAUACGCAGACCGCUGAGUCCGCUCAAGGUUCUCAUACAAAACUGAAUCUCGAUGCGAAUGAGCAAAAGUUGUACGAGAGAGUCUUCCCCCACACUGAAGUGACUUCAGUGACCCUCAACAAACGGUCCGAUCCACAGGCCUUGGCAGCAAGUCCGAGAAAGGUGAACCAUUCUUACGUCACGCAGAUGGGCUGGCCGGGAGUCGCCAUCUUAGACAACUUUUCCCGCUCUCGUCUCCAUUUCGUUAAUCCGGAGAGCCAGCAGUCGGCGCGAGCGGCAGGUGUGGUAGACAUUUUCCCGAAGAAGCAACAGCAGAGGUUGGACGACCUCACCGCCCCCCUGGCUGACCUCAACAACUACCGUCAAAGUCAAAGUCGUGUCGAGUUUUUGCCCGCAGCAAAAGUCUCUGUGAAUCGAGUUUGCCAGCGAGAAAAAGUAGCCGACAAUUCAGACGGCGCUGGAGGACGUAUGAAGAUCAUGAUUUGUGCUCAGAAAGAGAUUGCUUGCGAUGAAGAGGAUAAUAGUAACAAAGGAGACGAAAAGGAAGAAGAAGAAGAGGAAAAGGAGGGUCAGGCGCACGGAAGAGAGAGGUGGGAUGAAAAGGAAGAACAUUCUGAGGUACAACCAGAGGAACUCACGUUGCUCUUGCGGGAUAGGUUCAGCGAUAGCCUUCAAGACGUGGGCACUGCUGGUGUGACCCAGAUGUCGAAGGGCACAGAGAGGGGCGGCACGGGGGGAGGGAACCCCGGAAACCUUGGCAGACGACAGCACGUGCCGUACAGGCGGAAGCGGAUACGGAACUGUGGCCCCAGUGUGUCCACCCAGACCCAAGGGACCGCCGGAAGUGCGUCAUCACGGGAAGACACGCCGCCUGGACAUUGAUACAGUGCCACGUCAUGAUGUGUUAUAUCUGGGAUGCGUGGAUGUGCGCGGGCGUUUGUGUGUGUGUGUGUGUGUGUGCGUG